AUAUGGAUGGGUUUGGAUCAGAGGAUUUGUUCAAUGUACUAGAUGAUAAGCCCAGCGACAAAAAGAGACCCACUACUGAGUCACAAAGUCCUGCAGAGAAAAAAUUAUUAACACCAGAAGUUUUAGGUAUCACCCAGUCCUCAGAACAGACUAACGAGAAUGAGGACACCAAUAAUAAGAACGAUGCAGCCGGUCUGAAACGUUCUAUUGAUGAAGUAGAGGAGGAAGAAGGAGAAUUAGAAGAAGGUCCCUCUACCAGCACCCUUCCUCAACCCUCCUCCUCAGCUCUCAUCACCUCUGAGGACAGUAUGUCAGAACAAGCUAAGAAGAUGAAAGUAGACGACGAGUUGGAAAAGAAGACAGUAUUUGAUGUGUCACUAGUUACAACUAGACCAGUAAUGGAGUCGGAGAGUUGCCUUCACGAGGCUGUUAUACCUGUGGACUACGAGUGGACUGAUCUCAAACCUCUCACUACCAAACCUGCUAAAGAAUAUCCUUUUAUUUUAGAUCCUUUCCAGCAGGAAGCUCUAAAAUGUAUUCAGAAUGAUAGGUCAGUAUUAGUGUCUGCUCACACAUCAGCAGGAAAGACAGUAGUAGCUGAGUACGCUAUAGCUCAAUCUCUAUUAAACAAACAGCGUGUUAUUUACACUACCCCUAUUAAGGCGUUAAGUAACCAGAAGUUUCGUGAAAUGACGGAGCAGUUUGGAGAUGUAGGCUUAAUGACGGGUGAUGUUACAAUAGCGCCCACAGCCUCCUGUCUCAUCAUGACUACAGAGAUACUGAGGUCCAUGUUGUACCGGGGUAGUGAGGUAUUGAGGGAGGUUGGCUGGGUUAUAUUUGACGAGAUACACUACAUGAGAGAUAAGGAGAGAGGUGUGGUAUGGGAGGAGAGUAUCAUACUCCUGCCUGAUACUGUGCACUUUGUCUUCCUGUCAGCGACUAUACCUAACGCUAAACAAUAUGCUGAGUGGGUAUGCCAGCUACACAGUUCACCGUGUCACGUGGUGUACACAGAGUACAGACCUACUCCUCUUCAGCACUACAUAUUCCCUGACGGGGGUAAUGGAAUCUUCCUCGUUGUCGAUGAAAAGAGGAGGUUCAGGGAAGAUAAUUUUGAGAAAGCUAUGGCAUUUCUACAAGAUGGAGGCUCAAUGGGGGGAGGAGGAGGAGGAAAGAAAAAGAAAGGAGGAUUUAAACAAGGUAUGGCGGAUAUAUUCAGUAUUGUGAAGAUGAUAAUGGAGAGGUCACUACAACCUGUCAUCGUGUUCUCCUUCAGUAAGAAGGAUUGUGAAAGCCAUGCUCUUCAGAUGUCUAAACUCGACUUUAACAUCCGAGAGAAGUCUCUAGUACGAGAAGUUUUCGAAAAUGCGACUGACGUCCUAAGUGACGACGAUAAGCAACUGCCGCAGGUUAGCAAAGUUUUACCAAUGUUGGAGCGGGGUAUCGGAAUACAUCAUGGUGGUCUACUUCCUAUCCUUAAAGAAGUUAUAGAAAUCUUGUUUCAAGAAGGCCUGAUCAAAGCUCUCUUCGCCACCGAAACCUUUGCUAUGGGACUAAACAUGCCGGCCAGGACAGUCGUGUUUUCGUCCGCAAAAAAGUUUGAUGGAAAAGAUACGAGAUACAUUACUAGUGGAGAGUAUAUCCAGAUGAGUGGCAGGGCUGGUCGUAGAGGAAUUGACGACCGAGGUAUUGUUAUUUUAUGCGUGACUACCAAGAUGGAACCUCAAGUUCCCAAAGAUCUCAUUCAGGGAGAAGCUAAUCCCCUGAACAGUGCUUUCCGACUAACAUACCAUAUGGUGCUGAACUUGUUGAGGGUGGAGGAUGUCAACCCAGAGUUCAUGCUGGAGCGAUCAUUUUACCAAUACCAGAACACUUCCUCCAUUCCCUUCCUUAUGAACAAACUACAGUUAUCAGAAGUAGAGCACUCGGCUAUCCAGAUCCCCAACGAAGACUCUGCGCGGACAUACUUUAACCUGCGGCAACAGCUCACAAAGUUACAGAAAGUUAUCACAUCUUACAUUCACAAACCCAGGUACAUUCUGUCAUUUCUACAGCCUGGUAGAUUAAUGAAAGUGCAUCACAACGAGGAUAAUUGGGGAUGGGGAGUUGUGGUCAACUUCCAGAAGAAGGGAAAGCAGGGCGGAUCAGCAGAGCCCCUGUAUGUGGUAGAAGGGCUAUUUAAUUGUGCGACCCCCGUCUUACCUAACGUGCCCCCUAAGCCCUGUCCCCCCGGGGGUAAGGGCGAGUACCAGAUAGUACCACUAAUGCUCCACCUCGUUACUGGAGUCUCCGCCGUCAGACUAUACCUUCCUAAAAACCUCGUCCCUCUGGAAAACCGGGAGAGUGUCGGCAAGUCAUUAAAAGAAGUAGAGAAGAGAUUCCCAGACGGUGUUCCGUUACUGGACCCUGUAGAGGAUAUGAAAAUCAAGGAGGCUGAUUUCGAGGAGACCGUCAGGAAGAUUGAAGUCUUGGAACAGAGGUUAUUCAAACACCCCCUUCAUGAUGAUCCUAAGCUAGAGGGACUGUAUGAGUUGUGUGAGAAGAAGAACACUUUAGCUAUAAAGUGUAAAGAUACCAAACAGGAGCUCAGAGACGCGAGAACAGUGCUACAGUUAGACGAACUGAAGUGCAGGAAGAGAGUGCUGAGGAGAUUAGGGUACUGCAACAGUGCUGACGUUAUAGAGACUAAGGGCAGAGUAGCUUGUGAGAUAUCCACUGGUCAGGAGUUAGCACUAGCAGAGCUAAUAUUUAACGGAACAUUUAACGACUUGGAACCCCCCGUUAUCGCAGCUGUUCUGAGUUGCUUUGUGUUCGAGGAAAAUGUCAAGGAGGCUCCUCAGCUUACUCUAGAGUCUCUUAAAGCUCCGUACAGACAAGUAACGGAGGUAGCGCGGAGAAUAGCAGUAGUGGAGAACGAGUGUAAACUAGACACUGAUGUAGACGAGUACGUGGACAAGUUCAAGUGGGAACUUAUGCAAGUGGUGCACGCCUGGGCUAGUGGAGCUAAGUUUUACGACAUCUGUAAGAUGACCCCAGUGUUUGAAGGCAGCAUCAUACGAGUAAUGAGGAGACUGGAGGAGCUGCUGAGACAGAUGAUACUGGCUGCUAAAGCUAUUGGCAACAAUGAACUGGAGAAGAAGUUUAGUGAGGCAAGCACGGCUAUCAAGAGGGACAUUGUAUUCGCAGCUAGUCUUUAUUUGUAGGAAUAUGAGGAAUGUUUUUAACGAUUUCUUGAGCUUUAUCUAAAAUUAGACUGGAAGUUAUUUGAACAGGCUGGCCUACAAUUUUAAGCAUCGCCUUUGCAGUUUUUUUAUUUGAAUACCAAAAACAAAAUUUUAAGCUUCGCUUUAAUUGAAAUCUGAGCUGUUUGUUUAAGUAUGCAAAGAAUUGGACUUAAAUGCUUCGCGCUGUUUUAUCCAAUUUUAUUUUUUAUUUAUUUUUAUUGCUUCACAUAACUUAUUCAGUUUGAUCUUAUGA